AGUGAUUUUCUCUUUGUGUUUCCUCCUUUCACAGGUGCAAAAUUUUCCUGCUGCUACGACGCGAAAAUUAAAAGAUUGCAAAAUCGCGAGAGUUUUCCACUAAUUAGAUUAUCGUUUCGUUUCCAUUUUUGUAUGUUAUUUUCUAUCAAUGUCGGUUCUGGUUUCGUUGUGUAUGCUAAAAUUUGAACUUACUGUCGACGACGAAAACAACACGAUGAAUGCUGACGAAGACGGAAAUGAAGCAGCUGGUGCUGUUUCUAGUGAACAUCCAACAAAUCCACGAUUACAGAGGGACAUGCGUGGCCAACGAAAGCCCAAGAAGAUAACUAUCGAGAGCUACCGGAAUCGGCUGGAUUCGUCCUCGGUAGAAUUCGAUGAGUUGCCCCGGGGCGUGCUGCCGAAAUGCUCCCGAGAGCAAACGCCCAUGGACGAAGUGCCACCCCAGCCGGUGCAGGAAUUUCCCGGGGAGAUUAACUUCUUCUCCGGCAAUCCCUUCGUCGAGGUGACCAAGGGCAUCUUGCAUCUGUACAAGCGCAACGAACGCGCCGAUAUAACGGAAGGACUCUCAAAAACUCUCUGUUUGAUCGCCGUUCCAUCAUCCCUAAACUGUCACGAUAUUUUGAACUUCAUUGCUCCAUGUAAUUCGGUGAUUCAACAUGUGCGCAUUCUACGUGACGGUUCUCCAAAUCAGUUCAUGGUUUUGCUGGAGUUCCGUUGCACUGAAGCAGCUGUUGAAUUUUAUCAAACAUUCAACGGAGCGCCGUACAAUAGCCUGGAACCGGAUUCUCUGUGCCACACGGUGUGGGUUUCGACCGUCGAAUGGGGUGAAGAUGCAAUUGCCCCACAAGGUCACACGGAGUUGCCGACAUGUCCGGUUUGUCUGGAACGAAUGGACGAAAGCGUCGACGGAGUUCUGACGAUCCUUUGUAACCACGCCUUCCAUGCGGGCUGUCUCAUAAAAUGGGGCGAUUCAACUUGUCCCGUUUGCCGCUGCGUCCAAACUCCGGAACUGUCGGAAACUUCAGUUUGCAUGGAGUGCGAAGGUACGGAGGCGCUUUGGAUUUGUCUGAUUUGUGGACAUAUUGGAUGCGGCCGGUAUCAGGGAGGUCACGCCGCUUCCCAUUAUCGAACUACCAACCAUACAUACGCACUGCAGCUCGGUACAAACCGAGUUUGGGACUACGCGGGCGAUAAUUUCGUUCAUCGGUUGCUGCAGAGCAAAUCUGAUGGGAAGCUCGUAGCAACGCAAUCUCCUGGCAAUGAUGGGGACGAAAAAAUCGAUUCCAUGCAGUUGGAGUUUACAUAUCUGCUUACAUCACAACUGGACGCCCAGAGAGAGUACUACGAAGAUAAAAUGGUCCGACUGGAAUCGAGUAUGAUUGGGGAUAAGCAUAAAUUGCAGCAAGACAUUGAACAGAACAAAAAGAAAAAUUCUGCGUUGGAAAGUAAAAUUCAAAGUCUUUCUAAGGAAAAGGCUAACUUGGAAAAAAAAAUCAAUCAAAUGUCGUCAAAAAUAACAACGAUCACUAAGGAACUGGCGGAGGAGAAACAAUUUGGCAAAACGCUCCAAACAAAUCAAUCAUCCUGGCAGACGCAAUUUUCGACGUUGGAGAAAAAAUGCUUGCAAAAAGAGCAAGAGGUUACUGAGCUGAAGGAACAGGUUCGCGAUUUGAUGUUCUAUCUGGACGCUAAGAACAAAAUUGAUAACUCGGAGCUGGCCGAAGAAAUUGCCGGCGCCUCCAUAGAGAUUCCUAAACAGGCAAAAGGAACAAAAAGGCGCACCAAGAAAUAAUUUUUACUGUGAUUCAAAAGGUUAAAUGUUGGCUUCUAGAAAACUAAUAACAGGUUUUUGCUAAAUAAAAAUAUCCUAUGUGAAUGUGAUAUAUUCUGAUUAUGCUAAGAAUAAACCAUUGCUGCUGAUUGAUA